AUGGCUAGCCAUUCUGAUAAAGAGCAAGAGUUGCAUGUCGAUACGGAGCCACGGUCCGAAUUCGAACCCAUUAACGAGAAACGUCUAUUGUUCAAAAUUGAUAUAUUUGUUCUGUCGUUUGUAUGUUUGCAAUACUGGAUCAAUUAUGUCGAUAGAGUCGGGUUUGCCAAUGCAUAUGUUUCUGGAAUGAAAGAAGAUCUUGGUCUCAAGGGGGACGAGUUUAAUCUGAUCAAUACAUGCUUUACAGUGGGUUACGUUUUAGGCAUGAUUCCCAACAAUUUGAUCCUUCUGGUGGUCCAGCCGCGCAUUUGGUUGAGUUUUUGCACCUUCGCUUGGGGUGUAUUGACAUUGUCGAUGUACAAAGUCACCAACUUCCGGCAAUGCUGUGCCAUUCGUUUUUUCCAAGCCGUUUUCGAGAGCUGCACUUUCUCGGGCACACAUCUUAUUCUCGGGUCAUGGUACCGCGAAAAUGAACUCACUAUCAGAUCGGCUAUUUUUACUAGUAGCGGACUUGUUGGAUCGAUCUUCAGCGGCUUUAUGCAGGUUGGAAUUCACCAUUCUCUAGACGGUCACAGAGGAUUGCCAGGUUGGAGAUGGUUAUUCAUCGUGGACUUCUUAAUUACUAUUCCAGUGGCCAUUUACGGGUUUGUAUUCUUUCCCACGACUCCCGACCAUAUGACCACGACGUCAAAUGGUCCACGUCGAUUGUUUUCUGUGCAGGAAUUGGAGUUCGCAAAGAGGAGAUUGCCGGUGCGCGAUGAACGUGCUAAGCUCGAUUGGUCUGUUGUGAGACGUGUGCUGGGGAGGUGGCAUUGGUGGCUAUUCUGCCUUCUGUGGGUUCUCGGAGGUGAGAACAUCUCAUUGGCAUCCAACUCGACAUUUGCGCUAUGGUUACAGUCGCAAGGAUACUCGCUGGCGCAGAAAAACCAAUAUCCGAUGGGGAUAUUUGCGGUAGGAAUUGCUGCUACUUGUGGCGCUGCUGUAUAUAUGGACAAGUUCCGCCGUGCACAACAUUGGCACGUUGCCGUCUUUAUUGGGGUUGUGAUGUGCGUAGUUGCGGUAAUGAUCCGCGCACAGCCCUCAAAUCCUGCCGUGCUUUUUGCUGCUCAAUAUGUGGGUGGUGUGUGCUAUGCAGCCCAAGCUAUCUUCUUCAGUUGGGCUAAUGUGGUGUGUCAAAGCGACUUACAAGAACGCGCUAUCGUUUUGGCUUCGAUGAACAUGUUUUCUGGCGCUGUCAAUGCAUGGUGGUCACUAAUAUUCUACUCAGCAACAAUGGCACCUCGUUACGAGCGUGGAUGCUACGCUUUGAUCGCCACUGCGGUUGCUAGUGGGUUUGUUGCAGGAAUUAUCCGGUGGUUCCAGCGUCGUGACAUGCAGCGCAAAUCAGAAGCACUUUGCGAGAACAUGAACUAUACUGCAGCAUUUUCGGAGCCUAAAAUGACAUCGAGAUGA